GUCAAUGAGGGCAGCAUUGCUGAGGAGGCUGGCUUGCGUGAAGGUGACGUCAUUGUGCGAAUUAACGAUACCGCCACUUCGCCGCUCUCGCAUGACGAAGCAGACAAAGUUAUUAGGCAAUGUGGAAAUGUAUUUUUCAUCGGUGUAAAACGUGAGGGAGAGGAAGAACUGGUGCCGAAGAUUUUCCCCGUUUUGGGGGUUGACGAACGUCCUACUACACCGCAAGCUUUCCUUGAUAUAAGUGGACGUAAAAGUCCUAUUCCACGUCAGUUAGCAGUUGAGGAGCCAGAUGCUCAGACGGAGUACUUACCCGAACUAGCGGAACGUCCAUCAUCGGUGCUUUCCGAGCAAACUGAAAUCAAGUUGGUUGAAGAAGAGAUUGCUGCCGUGCUUUCUGGCGAAUCGGAGGUGCUUCAGGAUCAUAACGUUUUGGGCGUAAAUUUCUACAGAAUAUUCCCCAAGCCGGGCGUUUGUAUGGCUAGUGAUGUGCUGCGUACACUAAAUGAGAGCGCUACGAAAACCAAAGCGGAAAAGGAUAAGGAGAAUAAAAAGUGGUCAACUUUUUUGGUGAAGCCAGAUCGACCCAUACCGAAGAGCAAGGAACAGAUCGAGGCUGAGCGUAGAGCGGCAAAUGCGUACAAAGUGAAGAUUGUCAAGUCGGCACCAAGAUCACGUUCGCCAUCGCCAAUGCCACAGCCACCGCCACCAGAAACACCAAUAGAAACAAAACUGCCAGUUGAAGAAAAACAACCGUCUCCGCCAAAGGUAGAAGAAGUUGAGGAGCCACCACCAAAGGACAGCGAAUUACCGAAUUUAGAAGAAGUUAAAAUUUUAGUGGAGCCACCUGCUGAGGAGAACGAGAACGUACAAGUAUCGCUAGAAAAGGAGCAAAAACUAGUAGAAGAAAAUGUGGAGAAA